AUGGAGUCAUUACCAUUAGUUGUACUUCAUAACAUAGUAUCAAAUUUAGUUGACAAUAUUGAUAGAGUUGUAUUCUCAUUGGUGUCUAAACGUUUGUUUCAAUGUCGUGACAAAUAUCUACACUUUAAUACUGUUAGUCUUGUCACUCAUACAAACUAUGGAUGGCCAACUUCAACAUCAACAUCGACAUCGACAUCUGAUGACAAGUCCACUUCAUCAACAUUUCUAAACUCAUAUCAAUCAAUCAUUAUAAACAAUGCAAAAUGCAAGCCUCAUCACAUAUACAUAUACUCAUCAAAAGAGGUCCAGUACAACAACAAAGGUGACUUUGAUCAAGUCUAUCAUAUUCAUGAUGGCAUGAAUCGUGAUGCCAUGAGACAACAAUUAUUGGACACUACCAAUGUGAUUGAAUCAAUUACAUUCAAGGAUAAGAUGGAACAGCCAUUUACAAAUGAGUUUUGGACUUGGAUACAGGAUAUAUUGUUGGAGAUGAUGAAGAUGGACCACUCGACAGUGAUCAGUAAAUCAGUAGAAUUGUAUAUCGUGACACACAACAAUGAAGGUCCACAACAAUCAUUGAACAGAUUACCCAUGAACAUCGAGUUGGAGCUGUUCAAUCUCAGAUGGACGGGCGAUCGUCUCCACCUGCCCAUCACACUGACCAGCCUUAGGGUCGCAUGCAAGGGCUUCAACAAACCUCUGGACUUCAUGCUUCCCGACAGCCUCAAGUCUCUUGACCUCGAGUACGCUCUGCACUGGAAUCAACCAAUAGCGUCUGGUGGAUUGCCCUCGCGACUCGAAGUUCUCAAGCUAUCGACGAGGUUCAACUGGCCCAUCGUGGCCGGGGCCUUGCCCCCAACGCUCUUGCAUCUUGAGUUUGGCGAUCUCUUUGAUCAACCCGAUCUGAGCCACCUGCCUCAGAGUCUACUCACCUUGAACAUGGGCUGCGACUUUAAUCGUCCAUUGCAUCGCGACUCAAUGCCGGGCGCACUCACCACCCUUUGCUUGUCGCACGAGUUCAACCAUCCUCUCAGCCACCUGCCCAGCAGCCUCACAGACUUGACAAUUGGCGACAUGAUGGGACGACACUUUGUCCAAGAGAUCGAUCACCCAGACUUGCGAUCACUCUAUAUCGCUUUGCCCAAUCCAAUCUUUUCCACCAACAUCACAUUCUGCGACCUCACAGACCUGCGCUUCUUCCACGUGCAAUCGUCUGUAAUGGCCAGGAUCACGUCGACUUCUUUCCCAAGACUGGAUGUGCUAACGAUAUCUGGAUUCAGCGACGAACAGAACAACAAGAAAAAGACUGAUACGUCAGUGACACUGGACACCCUGCCACUGACCAUCACAACCUUUGACCUCGGUCCCAACCUGACGAUCAAAUCAUUUCCAAAGGGUAUCAAGAUGCUCAGGUUACAGUGUACCUAUAACAUCAAGUUCAAGUUGACGCCAGGACUCAUACCAUCAUCAGUGACCUCGUUGAAUCUAUAUAACUACAGCAUCCCGCUCGGACCUGGUGACAUACCCGACUCAGUGACAGAGCUUGAACUGGCCAGUCAUGAAUUGAAGAUUCAGGCACUACCUCCAUCAUUGAAGACACUACGUCUUGUACAUUGUACAACGUUGUAUGGUCGUAUAAGAGGCAUUGUAACUAUAUUAAGAGAGAUGCCAACGUUGGACAUGAUACACAUUACCUCAAGUCGACCUACAGGUGUAUUCAAACUUAUACGUCUAUCCAACAAUAUAUUCCUCAAGCUACGUCAUGAUCUUAUUGGAUGUGGAUAUGUAGAUAUCAACAUGUUUGAUAAUAAAGAG